AUUCCAAAUCCAUUUGGCUUCUGCACCUAAGCUGUUAGACCGUGACAAAAAAAAACAAAAAACAAAGAGCAGCAAACGGGACAAGAAAACGGAGAAGCCAUUUCCGGAGCAGAGCAGGCAGGCAACUGGGUCAGAAUCAGACAGGCCCGCCCCGCCCGCCACGCCGUCCCGACGGCCAUGGCCCAACCCUUCUCCUCCUCAUCCUCCUUCGCGCCUCGCCGCCCGCCUCCCCCGGCCUUCUCCCCGUCCGCCUCCACCUCGAGAACGAGCGCCUCUCAUGUUCCGGUGUGCGGACCGCGCCGCCGGGCCAUCGCGGCCACGGCGUCCCUUCACCUCGGCCCGGGGGAGGUCGCCGAGCUCGCGCGCAACAAGGUCUUGAUUGCGGCGACGAUGGCAAGCGCGAUCGGGCAGCUGUCCAAGCCCUUCACCUCGGGCAAGAAUGGGGGCACCGGCUCAGGCCUUGACCUCAAGACCGUCUUCCGCUCCGGAGGGAUGCCCUCCACCCACUCCGCGAGUGUUGUGGCAGUGGCUACUUCGCUUGGGCUAGAAAGGGGGUUUGCAGACUCUGUAUUUGGGAUGUCGGUGGUGUUUGCCGCAAUUGUAAUGUAUGAUGCUCAGGGAGUUAGAAGAGAGGUGGGCAACCAUGCAAAGGUUCUGAACAAGUUUUGGAUUCUCAGAGAGAAGGUACCUCAAGAUUCGGAGUUGGACAUGGCUUCUGAGUUUGUUUCGGUAACUGAGGAAGUGAUUUCCUCGAACCGUUCAAAUGCAAGCCCCUCCCCGAGGCGCAGUUCUAGGGCCGAAUCACCAAGGUUGAACAGGCUCCGGAGUUCAGAACCUGAUGUAACUGAUCUGACAGAAGUGAAUUCGUCUUACAUAGAGGAGGGUUACCUGUUGAGUGAAUCUGUUGGCCACACAGAGCUCCAGGUAACAGUGGGCGCCUUGUUAGGUUUUAUUGUGAGCUUAGCAGUAUAUGCGACACUGUAACAGCCAAUUUUUACAUUCAUAAUUAGUUAGACAUCUAGAUUAUUGUUACCCAGAGUUGAUUAUUCUCACGAUUAAAUCAGAAAUACCUUGGCCAUUUCAAACUCUUGUCACCAAAUUAUAUGAGCUUUUUGCCGCA